AUGAUAGUGGCGACCUUCCUCCCCAACGUCUUUCACAAUCGUUGCGCCAAGAACGAGGCCGGCCGCAUUGCUCAACCGGCGAGGGGCCAAAGCACCAGGAAUGGAUCGGUGUCGCGAUGCAAAUGGUCGUCGAUGACAAUGAGUCUGGGUCAGCAUUCAAACUUUGCGUUGCAGGGCAGUAUGCUGCUCUGUACGUCUCCUGGCCAGACCGACCGCAGGCAAUGA